AUGGGAUGGGAUGGGAUGAGAUGGGAUGGGAUGAGAUGGGAUGAAGCAAACCCGUGUGGCACAGGAGGGACACUGUUAAGGAGCGCAGGAGGGAAUGACUCCUGUAGUAUCCUUCCCUCAGUGGCACUGUCUUCAAGAAGGUGUCUGAUGGGAGCAAAGGCGUCGAAAGGGGAAAGGGAGGAAAUGACGACACCCGUGUGCUCCCAGCCUUCCACGUUAUUUCAGCAAAUCCGUCUUCGAUUUCUUGCUAUCCAAGACUUUGGCUUUCGUUCUUCCAGUUCGUUCAAUAUUACGUCUCAAACUCAUCUGCAACCAGCAGUCCCCCACAGGGUAAAAAUAAAGACUGCUCUUAAUGAACACAUCAACAGCAUUAACAAUCCACUAGUUUAUGCCGAAUUGAUUAGCUGUAUGAAAAAUCCGCGUACUACAACAAGCAUCGCUGCCGAGAAAGGAUCCCCGGAGCAGGAGCUGUUUUUAUCGUCCUUGGUUGGUACGCGCAUUGAAUCGCGGGCGAGAUCAAAGCAGCGAAUGGAAUUGCGUAGAAAAGGUCAUCUUGAUUCUGAACGACCAUGUCUGCGCCCCGUAUAG